CAUAUGUCCAAGGGUCAUGAGAUUCAAGCUACUGUGGCCAUUUGGUUUUUCCUAGUAUCUCACCUGUUAAAGUAGCUCUUUUAUGGCAUUCUUUGACUCUUUUGAAAUCCUGUCAUUGUCUGGUGAAACACAUUACUGUUUUUCUAGGUAAACUUUUAAAUCACCCUUUGGAGAAGUGGAAAAGAACUGUUAAUGUGUCACUGGAAGUUUCGGAUAGAGCCAUCUACUGUCUCACGUGCCCUUGGAGUUCUGAAAUAGGCUAGGGGAAUUUUGGAAUGCAAGAAUUAGCUAUUGCUUUAGGUCGUAACCAGCCUUUGAAAAAGGAGAAACCCAAAUGGAAAAGCGAUUAUCCCAUGACAGAUGGACAAUUGCGCAGCAAGAGGGACGAAUUUUGGGAUACUGCACCAGCUUUUGAAGGCCGUAAAGAGAUUUGGGAUGCCUUGAAGGCUGCAGCACAUGCUUUUGAGAGCAAUGAUCAUGAACUGGCACAAGCAAUCAUUGAUGGUGCAAACAUAACAUUACCACAUGGUGCACUGACCGAGUGCUACGAUGAACUGGGAAACAGAUACCAGCUCCCCGUCUACUGCUUGGCACCACCAAUCAACAUGAUAGAAGAAAAGAGUGACAUAGAGACUCUGGAUAUUCCUGAGCCACCUCCCAAUUCUGGGUAUGAAUGUCAGCUGCGUUUGCGCCUCUCCACUGGCAGAGACCUCAAACUUGGGGUCCGCAGCACAGACACAGUGUACCACAUGAAGAGGCGGCUCCACGCAGCGGAAGGAGUGGAGCCGAGUGGUCAGCGGUGGUUCUUUUCCGGCAGACCUCUCACUGACAAAAUGAAGUUGGAGGAGCUGAAGAUCCCAAAGGACUAUGUCGUACAGGUUAUAAUGAGCCAACCUCUGCAAAACCCGACACCAGUCGAGAACUGAGCUGGUCCUGUUGGCCGGUUUCCAGACCCCUCCCACUCCUUUUUAUUGUCAUUGCCUACUCUGUGGCGUGAAAUUUAUUUUUACUGCUCUGAAUUCCGUAUGAAUGGGUUUCAUUCUGAGGAAUUACCAGUGAAAAAUUCCAUCUGUGAUGGAGACCAACAAAAAUAAUUAAUAAAACACAAAGAGCUAGCCUUUGAGACUCAUGUAAUUAUAAUUUCUGAUUCGAGGGGCAGUUAAGAAAUAGAUAACCAUUUAUUUUAAAACACCCAGCAACUAUGUAAUGGCUGUAUUUAAAUGAUUUGGACUGUAAAUAGAACAUUGCAUCCAUGAAGAACAGCACCAAGCACCUUGUGAAUACAAAAUUUUUAUAAAAGUAAAUUUAAUUUCCAGAAAUCAUCAAUAACAGUUAUAAAACUUGAGCUUUUUAAAAUGGAAACUGGAAGGAGCAGUAUUUGAGGUUCACUUCUACUCUGGUCUUACUUCUUUGCUCAGUUAGUAUUUAGCCGUAACGGAUCAGAGACCGGCAGAUUCUGUCUCAGUAUUGCUUUCCCCAUCCCCACAUGUCGAGCUCUUUAUUUACAUUCACACCAAGUUUCGGUGCCUUGCCACACGUUGGUGGCAGGCCCCCUUCUGGAACACUAGGCAAUAAUGUAGUCAAUGCAAUCAGAUCUCUGAUUUCAGCUGGUAUUCAGUUGAAAAGUCUCUUGUCCUCUUACUGCGUAGGCAUUUUGAAAUGUCUAAAUAACGAAGCUCUUUUCACGUCCAGGCUUAGAAGGUCAGUACUAUAUAAGCCUUAGUUCUCCCUACUCUGCUUGGAACGUUUCAGCUAACUGUGCCCCCAAAUGAAUGAACACUGGGCCAGGAAGCGCAAGGGAUCACACACGGCCACUCCCGCUGUUGCAUAAUAAAGUAAUUCUCUCUUCUCCCUAAUCUGCAGCAAGUGUGUGAGGAAAACCAUUCUGUGCCUGGGAGAAUUGUGCCUAUUUUCAGUCUGUUAGAGAAAAUUUCAACUCGUAAUUUACUAAGGUGAAAGAUUUACUGACAUCACUUAGACAUCAGCCGUGAAACCAAAUGGUGAAAUGUUGCUUGAUACUUCAGUGCUUUCCAGUUCACGGUUACUGUAGGUAUGGUGGAUGAUAAUUUUCCUCUCUCAUCUUUCCUAGCAAAGAGGCAAAUUAAGAACCAUCUGCAAAUUCAUUUAUAGAGGACUGAAAAAUCUGGUAAGAUAACCUGAUUCUUUUGUACUGUGACUGGAGUAAGGCUACUGAGGAUAUUUAAUUUGGAGCCUUUUCAAGGUUGGUUCGGUUCCAUAAGAGGGGGGCUGCCACAUGACCCCCGUACCCCUGAUUGUCCAUGAGAUGGAAAAGUAGAGGAGGAAGGCACUUACCACUGUUUGCAGUUGGGAAAUUAUCAAACCUCCAUACCUAUUUGGAUGUGAAGCACCAUUAUUAAUUUAAAUAGCAAAACGAAGUUGCUAAUUAGUUAAAAUGUAAUGUUUAAAACGGUAUUACACUUCCUAUAGCCUGUUAGAUUCAAUAUUUAUAAUUGUAACACACCAUUUUUCUGAGAGCUUUAACUACAUCGCCUAUUCACGCAAUUGUUUUCAAGAUUGUGGCUACAUUUAAUUUAGGUUUGAUGAUGAUUAAAUCUAAAUUCAAGAGGAUAAAGCAGCAUUAAUUCCAAAGGAGUAUUUUUAUAUAUGGAGGUGGAGAUGUAUGAGGGUAUUUCAAUAUAAUGCCCUUUCAUCAAAAAGCUUUUGUUAAUUUGUGUGUCACAUCGAAUAGCAACAUCUCUCAAAGUUUGUUAACUGGAAAAAAGUGUUCAAAUCUAUUUUUCUUAAGUAAAUUUGGCUAUAUAAGUAAUUUAUGGUUGAUAAAAGGUCUUUUUGUCUGUCGAGGAUUUGAGCUCUCAAGAGUUUAUUUUAAGGAACAUAUACUUUGAAUAAUAACAAUUUUCUGGGCAUGUUUAACUAACCUAGGUAAGAAAACCAUGGUGCUGUUUAAUUGUAAAUAGAUUGGUAUAAGAUUGGACCAAUACUUGAUGUGUACAAUUUUAGUAUGUAGGGUUUUUGUGCUUUUUUAAAAAAAAAAUGUUCAAUUUUUCCCUUUGUCUUUGCCUUUAUUUUGGGUUUUUUAAUUGUUAUUACUCUCUACAAUUAGGGUAAUCUGCCUCAUAUGAAUAAAACCUCUAAAAAGGUUUUCCUCCUUUAUAAAACCUCAGUUCAAUAAAAAACAAAUUCAUUAUCACCA